AGAGCCCAACAAAAUCAAUUCGAACCAUCUCCUUCUCCCUCUCGUCCCGAUAACGCACCAACGGGCUAACAACCUUCGCCCGCUUCUCCUCGCCAAUCAACUAACACAGACGAACCCUAGCGCAUACCAACCAACAGUAAACCCUAGCUCCAAUCUCAAUUCAAUUCCUAAUCUUCUUCUAAUUUCAAUUCUUCCUUCACGCUUUUGUUGUUUGUAGUAAUAAGGCAGAGAGGAAUCCCCCCACGGAACCCUAGAAUCCCGUACUGUAAUUUUUGGGAACAAAUCGUAUUUCUAUUUAUUUCAUGAGGGGGCAAGCAAAGAGAAGAGAAGGAUGAGUAGGCUGUCGUUCAGGCCGCGUCCUUUGGACAUACACAAGAAGUUACCUAUUGUAAAGUCAGUCAAAGACUUUGAGGAAGAUGAGACCCCUACUUCUGCCACCCGCAACUCUCAGCUGCUACGUCUUGCUGCUGUUGAGGCCGAUAAUGAGGUACACCAAAUCCCUACCAAGAAACUAGCUCCUGAAAUACCGACACCUCAGUUUGUUGUUGUGGAUACCUAUGAAAGAGACUAUUCUCGCACUUUCUCUCAACCUACAUCCUAUAUACGCGCAAGGGGAGCCCGGGCUGAGAUUGGAGAAUUUAUUGAAUAUGAUCUAGACAAUGAGGAUGAAGAUUGGCUUCUAGAGUUCAACAAAGAUAAGAAGAUUCUUUCACCAGAAAAGUUUGAGAAUCUUGUUUUUAAAUUGGAGAUAUUGGAUCACAAAGCUCGGGAAAGAGCAGGAGUUAUAACACCUACUUUUCUUGCACCAAUUCCUGUAGUCUUGAAGGGUGAUGCUGCUCUUGAGGCCUUGCAAUCACAGCCCAUUACAUGUGGAGUCUUCCAAUCUGUUUACAACUAUUGGAGGGAAAAGCGUGAAAGGUGGCAGAAGCCUAUUUUGCGGCGAUUACAGCCUCCUCCACCAGUUAAUGACAAUAAUCCAUACAACGUCUUUAGGCCGAGGGAGAAAGCUCACAGACUUCACACAAGAAGGAUGCAAAGGAGGGAAAACAAUGUACAGUCAUUUGAAAAGCUUCGCCAGGUCAGGCGCAACCUUGACCAGGCCAAGAGCAUUCUUGAGGCAUUGAUUAAGAGAGAGGAGAAAAAGAGAGAUGUUAUGGAGAAUGAAGUUAGCCUUCAAAGGAUCCAAAUGAAAUACAAGCAUGAAACUGAGCUCCUUGAAGAUAGCAUGGUGCUUCCGGGAUUUCUACCUGUCUCUUGCAAAUUUGGUUCAAGUGAAGAUGAGUUUGUUGUGGAUUCAGAUGAUCUUGCAAGUAGCCGUCCACGCAUGCGUCCUGCUGCAGUACAGAAUCCACCUUUCACAGACUCCAAUGUGGGUAUGGUUCCUGCUGGAAACAUUAAGCAAGAGUUUCGGCGGCGACACAUGCUGCAGGGAUGGCUUCAUAAACUGGAUCCUCUUGAGCCAGUUUUGUUGUUCACAAAACCUCUAGUACCAGAAAAGUUGGCAGCUGCUGGAAUCGUCCCGCCAUCUGAUCCAAAGAAUGGUACACCAUCACGUCCUUAUAAAUUUCAUGGAAGAAUUGGGCGUGGGGGAAGAAUUGUAUUUGACAGGUGGAAUCCUCUCAUGCAUACUCCAAUAGAUUGUGGUAACUCCUUUUACAUUCCACCGAAACCCCGACCUUCAUCGUAUAACUAGCAUAGUUGCUUUGCUUGGUCCCUCCACAGCUGGGGCGGGCGAUUCCACUGUAAAGAAAUUGAACACAUAUUCAAUUCGAGUGAUAAGUAGGACCAAGCAAGAUCUCAAAUUGGUGCAUAUUUUGCGUCUUGCUUUUUAUGCUCUACUGUCGGCAAUUUAUGCCAUUGCGGAGCUUACACACACAUUUGUGUAUCCAAUUCUUCUAAUUAGCUUAUAUUUGCGCUCUCUCGGUUGACUGCACGUCUCUACUUGUGUUUGGAAUUGGAUUGAGAGGAAUGAGCAGAAAGGAAAUGUUUUUCAAAUUUCAACCAAUUACAAUGAAGAGAAACAGACCAAAUCUGUAUUUAAUUGAAUUGAGUAAAUUGUUUCAUUUCCU